CUUCGCCAGUGUUUUUAAAAAAGCGGCGGUUGCUUCUCGGCCACCUUUUAGUUUAUCAAUAGAAACAAUUUCUGAAACUUAGUUCUUCAGCACAGUAACAAAACGGUCCUGGUGUUUUUCUGUUAAGUUGAAAGCUCCUUUACUGCACCAGGAUCAUGCAGCACCGGCAGUAUGCAAAGGAGCAAGGCCUUCUGGGCUCACUGUGUCCUGGACAGAAGAAGCUGGAGGGGAAGACUUUUUACCUGGACAGUGUGAAGAAACGCUCAACAGCUCUGCUUUUGGAGACCAUAUAUCUUCUAGGAGGGGGAGUUGAGAGUUUCCUUCACAAGGAUGUGAGCUUUGUUGUGACUGGAAGCCAAGAGUGCCUGAAGGACAUGAAGUGUACAGAUUCCAAAGCAGGGGCAAAGGGGACGAGUGAAGAAACCCAGCGUCCUAUAAUGACGCGAGACAGUGACAAACAGCAACAAGCAACUCCAAGACCAGUGGUUUGUGGCAGCCGUGGGAAGGCCCUGCUUGAAAAAGCCAUGCGCAACAAUGAACGACUGCAGAGGAACAGUGUUUUGUCCAAUGCCCGAUCAUGGGGAGUGAAGAUUUUGUAUGCUGAUGAUGUCAUUUUAUAUUUGAAACAGUUGACUCGUGAGAGCUUGAGUGCGAUACAUGAGAAGCCAGAGAGGACUUACACCAAACAACAAGGUGCUCAUGUUGUCAAAGCUGCAGCUUUGAGGUCGCCUUAUCUUAAAAUUGAAGACUCGAGCAGGAAAUACAAGCCCCUGCAUAUGCAGUCUUUGACCUUCCCCACUUUAUCGUACUCGGGCAGAUUUAGUCCCUUUGAAUCUCCUCCUCCUCGGUUUGAAGUACAAAUUGACCAAGGAGAAAAUAAAACAAGGGAGAAGAAAAAGGUUGGAAGCAACAUUCAGGACAAAUCUCAAACGCCACUCAGCUGUAACCCUACACCUUGGCGGCCUCGCAAAAAGGACCUGUCUUACUGUGAAUGCUGCCAUCAACCCUUCACUAAUCUGGAGGAGCACUUGCAGUCUGAUCAGCACCGUGCAUUUGUGCUGGAUCUCUCAAACUACACUGCGGUGGACCAACUUGUGGCAGAGAUGCUUCCAGGAUUCGACCCCAAUCCACCUCAAAAGUCAGAAGAAACACUGAACCGACCACCAUCUCCUUUGCCCAUCCAAGAUGUCUGUGAACUGGAGCCUCUUACUGAUGUUGAGACGGAGCAUGCUGUUCAGGCCCUGCAGACACAAGGAUCAGUAUUCAUUGAGCACAUCUCCAGCCCUACUAGGGGUCCUCUUUCUUCUGGACCAGCCAACCCAUCACCAGACACUCCACCUGCUGACAUCCAGCCUUUCAUUACUAACCCAGACUGCCUGCUCCCUGGCAGCUAUCAUCGUGCUUCAAGUCCAGCCAUGCCUGUUUUGGAUGUUGAACCACAACCCUACGACCCAGUCAGCCAGCAGCCUGAUACUCAACAUGUCUCCCCCUCCCCUGACAGGCCAUGUCCAUCUCCCGACCCUUACUUCCUGCCUCCAGUCCUAAGCCCACAAGUCCCUUAUCCCCCCUAUAUUAUGGAGCCAUACUGUCUGUACUCUGAGCCUCCUGUCCUCAGUCCUCAACAUUACACUGCAGAGGAGGCUGUGGAAGGACUCAUGUGUGAAAUGGACACUGCAGUAAGUGUGUCUCAGUCUGUCCCAGCUGUCACAAUUCCCAUCUCCACCCCAUUUAUUCCUUCUGUAGCUUUGUCAAAUGAAGAAGGAGUAAAUGGAUCAAACCAGGAAAGUCUUUUAGGAUUUAGUGGGAUCAUAUGUCCCACUAAUGGUUUGCAGAGUUCUGCACUGUAUCCACGUAGAUCUCGUUCUCUCCCUCGACAGUCGGCGACAGCACCAAACCCCAAAAAGCGCUGCAGAUCAGCCAGCCCCGAACACAGCCAGUAUAAAAGGAGGAGGAUUACGUCUAAAUGUAGCUACAGUGGUAGCUGGACUAAACAUGGGCAUAACACUGCAAAACUAGAAAGUGACAUUAUGGCAAAACCUGAGGAUUGUUUAUUAUGUGACAAGAUCUCUUGUCAGAUAAUACAGUCUUUUCCUUACCCAAAGGAUUCUUCAACGUGCAGUGUAGAAACACUUUGUGUAAAUCAGACUUUUACCACGUUUUGUGUUCCUACUGCACAGAAUUUCACUCGGGCGCCAAAUCAAUUGGACAUUUUGCCACUCUUCUCAAAAGCAAAGAUUUUUGAUCCUCCAUUUCACUUCCCCAAUAAUAAAUCUCAUAGUACGUUUUCCAGUCAAGACUCUCAACGUUCACUAUCCCACUCCACCUCAGUGUGCAUCGAGUCGGCCCUCAUCCCUGACUUAGCCACGCUCUCUCCAUCAUCAUCAGACUCUGACUGGGACUGUGACCUGCUGUCACGGCUGGGACCGGCCUUGGACGCUCCCCUGUCGCCCACCGUGCAGAGCUAUGAGCUCGACAAGGAACUCCUCCACAGGCCGUGCACCUGGAUGCACGACACCAGCUAUGAGUCACGUCUACACAACGCCCUUCAGCCGUCAACCCCAACGACCUCACUGUGUGGGGAAGAAAUGGACCCCUCAGCGUUUUCCAGGACUGUAGUACAGAUUGUUGAAGUUCAGCACUGAUGAUUAUUUUCUAGACCAUUUUCAAAAACUGGAAGCCAUGUAAGGCACCUGGAGAACAGUCUUUGACUUUGUAGCUGCAUAUCCCACCCUAAGAAACAGUAGGAUGCACUUAAACUCAUCAAAAUAAGUCAAUGAAAGUUGAUAAAUAUUUAAAACUUAGUGUAAUAACUAAUAUGUGAUAUUAAGCUGUUUUAGAGAUGCAGAUUGUUAUUUUACUUUAAUUAUUUUGUUGUAGUAGAUGUUACUUGCAUCUUCCCACAAAUUUGAAGAGCAUCUAUUAUGAUUUUUCCUCUCAACCCCUAAUCCUCCUUGUGCACAGGACCCCUAAGCAAUAUUCUGUGUGUCGUGCUGACUGCAGUCUUUCAGCAGCUAUGUCCGGAACACGUGGCGGUAUUGAGAAUUUAAUGAGGCUUUUCUGAAGGGGGCAUUACUCAAUUACUGUAAGUGCUGCUGCAUCUGGAUCAGAUCCCACUUGCACCGGCAUUGAUGAUGCGUUGGUAGAGUGUAGGACUCUCGCAACCUGUGAGACAGAAAACUGUCCGAUGAAUGUCAAAUGGCCUUUCCUGCCUUUUGAAGGUGAGCCAAAGAACUGGCUUUGUGAAGGAGAGACAACUGCUUCACAGUGUGCUGCAGCCACAGGGAGGUUUAUCAGCUCACUUGUCAGUUUCUGCAGUGUUGGGUCACCUAACAUUGAAAACGUGUCAUUGCUCCUCAUAAGUCAAAGCCCCACGUUGUCAAAAAAUUGCACCUGAAUAUCUUACAUGGACUUUUAAAACAAAUGCAGAAAGCCGCAAGAAACACCACUUGAUGGAUGAUGAAUAGUCCUCUUAGGAAAAUGUAAAGUCAAUUCUUGUACGGUGUUUUUUAAAUAAAUGCUUUUAACCAUUAA